CCGAUCAUCGUCCGGAAGCGAGGCUUGAUGUUCCACGGUACCACCAGACUGGCAGUUUUGUGGGAUUUUCCUACAAUUUUACCAAGUCUACGUCUAGUCAUCGGAUAAUCUUAUAAUAUUUAUCUCCUUAUUUAUGAAUCUUCAAAAUGGCAGAAUCAGAAGUAUCUAUCAACGUCCAGGAAAUCGCAGACAGUCUGCCAGCUGACGAGAACACGAACAGCAUGAGGGAAGCACCACUGCCAGAAACAACUACGUGUAUGUCAAAAUCAUUACCAGUGCUUCGAGUUGAAGAACUCAAAGAUGAACUUAACAACAGUUUUUCUUACACUAGUGGUGAAGAGGACCAUAGUCCUCAAGCGUCAGAUGAUCCAGAAAGGAAAGAUGUUCAAGAGGAAGAUUUUGUUCCACCCACAGAUGAAUUACGAGACAAAAUAAUUAAACAGGUGGAGUUUUAUUUCUCUGAUGCCAAUAUCUUAAAGGAUGCUUUCUUGUUGAAACAUGUAAGACGUAAUAAACUUGGUUAUGUGAGUAUAAAGUUGAUUACAUCCUUCAAGAAGAUGAAAAGUUUGACUAAAGAUUAUCGUGCUGUAGCCUAUAGUUUGAGACAGUCUGAUAAUUUAGAAGUGAAUGAAGAAGGUAAAAAGGUUCGCAGAAAAAAUCCUCUUCCAGAGUUUGAUGAAACAACACCUUCACGAUCUGUGCUAGCUAUCAACUUGCCAAUGGAAAAUCCUUCAAUAGAAAAUAUUGCGGAAAUGUUUUCAAAAUGUGGUGAAGUUGCACUCAUUCGCAUUCUGAAACCAAAUAAAUCUAUUCCUCAGGAUAUCAAAAAGCAUUCAAAUAAACAUCCAGAAAUAGGUACAACAAUCUGUGCAGUUAUUGAAUUUGAAAAGCAUGAUCAUGCACAAAAAGCUGUUGACACAAUGUGUGAUAAAGAUGACUGGAAAAGGGGCAUGCGGGUUGUUUUGUUGUCUGAAAACAAGAAGAAGUCUGAUAAAAGUAAUGACAAAAAUCACAGUGAGAAAAGUGGAAAUACUGACAUUCAUGAAGGUAGUGGAGAUGAUGACAAAAAGAAAAAGAAGCGUGGUGGUAGAAGAAACAAAAACAGACAUUUUGAUUCGGCACAUCAUGAUGACUCUGCUUGUUACAGUAGUGGUUCAGAACAUGAUCCUCCAAGUCGGCAUAAUGCUUCUUUAAGUCCGAAUCAAAAUCAGAUGGAUGGAAACAAAUUGAGUCCUACAACUAGCCCUAGAUCUAGUCCAAGGUCAAGUCCUAUGACCAGUCCAAGAAGUCAGCGCAGAAGAUUAGGUCCACAUGGAAAAUCACCUUUGGCUGAGCAUAGCCCAGGAAGUAGUCCAAAACCAAGUCCAAGAAGUAGUCCAGAAUCUGGCAGAAAACGGUAUGACUAUUCUUCAGGUGGUGAUAGCACACCAUCAAGUCCUUGGGUUCAAAGACGGUUGAAAGCUGCCCAGGAAUUGAGUAAAAGUCCAUUAGUUGGAAACAGUCCAGUAGGUAGUCCGAUGUUGGGAAGAAAAAGUACUGAUGGACCUAGAAAAUUAGCAGAUUUAGGUGGUAUUACUAGGCAACCAAAAGGCCCAGAUGGUACACGUGGUUUCCAUCUUGGAAGAGGUAAACCGAGAGCUAGUACUUUCUCUUAAACCAUUUAAAUGCUUGAGUAUCAUUAUUUCAAAAUAUUUGGGAUGGAUUACCAAUUUGAAAACAAUGAUAAAUUAUUUGCUGUACAAGUUGUAUAUUUUGCAAGAAACAGUUACUAUUGUGAGUUAUUAUUCAUUUAUCAAAGGCUUUCAUCUCAGUUAUCCUCCAGAAGACAUUUACAGAAUUCUUAAAGAUUAAAGGAAAGACGAGAUUUCUUUUUCGUGAAAAUGCUUUGAAGUUUCCUCUUUCAGACGUAAGUUAGAGGGUUCUUGUCCUGUUUCUCCUGAAGUGGAGGGAAAGCCCUGUUUGAAAUAUAAGAAGAAUUGCUUAUUCUUUGGUAGCUUCAAAAUAAUUUUUAUUAGUAGUACAAAAAGAGAAUUGAUAGAAUUCUUGUACACUGCACAUCUUGUGAAUAUAACUUUGUCUGCAGCAAAUGAACUUGAUAAGAAAGAAGUACUUUUGUAUAUCUGUUUAUUAAUCCCCCGCUGGAGGGAUUAUAGGAAUGGUCUUCAUCCGUCCUUCCGUCCGUAACACUUUCGUGUCCGCUCCAUAUCUCCUAAACCCCUUGAAGGAUUUUCAUCAAACUUGGGUCAAAUGAUCACCUCAUCAAGACGAUGUGCGGAACCCAUGAGUCAGCCUUGUCGGUUCAAGGUCAAGGUCACAACUCAAGGUCAAAGGUUUGAGCCUGCCAUUUUGUGUCAGCUCUAUAUCUCCUAAACCCCUUGAAGGAAUUUUAUAAAACUUGGGUCAAAUGAUCACCUCAUCAAGACAAUAUGCAGAACCCAUGAGUCAGCCGUGCCAGCUCAAUAUCAAGGUCACAACUCGGGGUCAAAGGUUUGAGCCUUCCAUUUUGUGUCCGCUCUAUAUCUCUUAAACCCCUUGAAGGAAUUUUAUAAAACUUGGGUCAAAUGAUCACCUCAUCAAGACGAUGUGCAGAACCCACGAGUCAGUCAUGCCGGCUCAAGGUCAAUGUCACAACUUAGGGUCAAAGGUUUGAGCCUUCCAUUUUGUGUCCGCUCUAUAUCUCCUAAACCACUUGAAGGAUUUUCAUCAAACUUGGGUCAAACGAUCACCUUAUCAAGGCGAUGUGCAGAACUUAUGAGUCAGCCAUGUUGGCUCAAGGUCAAGGUCACAACUGAAGGUCAAAGGUUUGAGCCUUCCAUUUCGUGUCCGCUCUAUAUCUCCUAAACCCGUUGAAGGAAUUUUAUAAAACUUGGGUCAAAUGAUUACCUCAUCAGAACGAUGUGCAGAAAUUAUGAGUCAACCAUGCCAGCUCAAGGUCAAGGUCACAACUAAGGGUCGAAGGUUUGAGCCUUCCAUUUGGUGUCCACUCUGUAUCUCCUAAACCCCUUGAAGGAUUUUCAUCAAACUUGGGUCAAAUGAUCACCUCAUCAAGAACUCAUGAGUCAGCCAUGUCAACUCAAGGUCAAGGUCACAACUGAAGGUCAAAGGUUUCAGCUCUGUAUCUCCUAAACCCCUUGAAGGAUUUUCAUGAAACUUGGGUCAAAUGAUCACCUCAUCAAGACGUUGUGCAGAAUUCAUGAAUCAGCCAUGUCAGUUCAAGGUCAAGGUCACAGCUAAAAUCAAAGGUUUACCCUUUCACUAUCCAUAGCAGUGGCGGGGGAUUUAGUUGACUUUCAGACUGCCUUGUUAUUAUUAAUUUUUGCAGUCUGUUGCCAGAAUGGUUUGUUGACAAAAUAUAUGUAUAUAAAAGGUUUGAUAUGUGUAAAUGUUGUUAAUGUUAUCCAGGGGGAAGAUAUAUGGUGGCCUGCUUUAAGGAUAAAGUGAGCAAAAUUGUUACAGCUGGAGCAUAACACUGUAUAUCUUCCCCCAUUUUAUCUCAUGCGGAGCCUGUAUUGCUGUUUUAAUGUUGAACUUUGCUUUACCAAAUGUGUUUAUUUAUUUCUCAAUUGUUGCCAUUUUAAUAUGAGAUAUAAUUUGUUUUAAAUUCUUGAAAGUGAGAAAAUAACUUCUACUAGUACUUAAAGAACAUUUCAGUUGUCAAGGGUAGCUCUGCUUUCUGUCCAUUUAUUAGGGCCAGACAUUUAUUAAAAUUAUUUUGAUAUAAUUUAUGAUGUAUCAUGUGUAAGCAUUCAUCAUUUUAUAUAGGUAUGUUGAAAAUUAUAUAUUAAUACAAAAUAUACUAUUUAGAUAUUGUGGAAGGGACAUGAAAUCAAGUUACUGGGAAGUUUUCUUUGAUUUCUUAAAACUAUUAUACAAAAAAGACAUUAAAACUUCUUAGUAAUACAGAAAAUCAUGAAUAAUGUUGUUUUAAAAUAGCAAUUAAAUAUACAUUUAUGGUUGAAUUUUAUAUGAUGAUAGUCUGAAUAUUGUUGAAAAUAUGUCUUUAAUGUGACUCAUUUUGAGCUGUGAGAGAAUGUGAAAAAAACCUCUGAGAUAUACUGGUACUAGUCAGAAGUACGUUAUCAGGAUGCUGUUUUAGUCCAUACACACAAUUAUAUUUGCAGCUUUAUUUAGUUUUGAUUACAUGUGUUUUAAAUGUGUGUGUAUGAAAUGUUAUGUUGUUUAUAAGGUAUAAUUGAUGUAACAUUUCUUUUAAUUUGAAAUCUGCAGUUAAACAAAUGUAGACAUGUUGAAUUUUCAUGUUGGCCUAUGAAAAUUAAAACACAUUGUGAAAUUACAACAUUAGCUUGAUGAGCAUUUGAUUCGAUAGUCUGAAUUCUGAAGAGAUUACUUUGUUUGUUUUGAACUUAGGAGCCUUUAAACUUUAUUUUCACAGAACUUAAUUGUAUUGUUUUGAUGCUACAACUGAAAAAUACUUUUCAAUUCUUUUAGCAGUGUGAGUGACAGAGUUCUCUGGCUUCAAGCUAGAUUGUCUUGUCAAGCUCUUCUUUUAAUAUGUUGUCGUUUUUUUGUGCCCCACCCCUACCCCAACAGUUGGUUGGGGCGAGCACUUAAAUUUUCCCUUGUCCUAAUGUCCGAAUUUGUGUCAUGCAUAUGAUCUUAAAAAGUAUCUGGCUUAGAGAAUUGGAACCUUAUAGGAUUGCUAUUCAUCAUGUGAAAUUGUGCACUUGAUUUCACUCAGCCAGACCAGAGUUAUGGCACUUGGCAGUGAAAAUUUGCAUAAAGGGGCUUUCAAGUUUGUAAUUCAUGUAUCUCUAAAAGUAUUUGACCUAGAGUCAUGAAACAGGCAUAUAAAGUUGUGCAUCUCGUCACUUCAACACAUCAAAGGGUUUUGUUUGGGAUUUCACUCAGCCAAAUCAGAGUAAUGGCCAUUGACAUGGUAAAACGGGUUUUCAAAGUUUGUGUCACAUAAUUAUAUGUUUCUGAAAAAUAUAUAUAACCUAGUCAUGGCACCGUUUAAGCAUGUGAAGUUGUACACCCAUGUUUUGUUUGAAAUUUCACUCUGCAUGACCAGAGUUAUAGCCGUUUACUUAGUUAAGAAUUAUAGGCAUUAAAGAUUUUAAAAAAUUGCACCCCACAGCCCCACUAAAAAGAAUCUUGGUUUCUUUUAGAAGUUUUGUAAUAUCCAUUACCUCCUACAAUUCAAGCCACUGAGGACUCAUUCCUCUAAUAAAUCAAGGUAAUAAAUAAUAUACAAACUAUAUGUAUAACAUGUAUAUUGUCAGACGUGGGAACGUCAUUGUCUGGUACACAUAUCUCUAUUUUCUAAUUGUAUUAUUUAGAAAGAUGUUUGUUGCAGUUUAAACUUUUCAUUUUGCAUUUAAAAAUGUAUGUAAAAAUGUCACAUUUUAAUUUUAUGUUGGUUAAAUUAAUAUAUCAGAAGUGUUUUUUUUUUGUAGAUGUUAAGGACCUUGUAUAUAUCUUUUUAACUUGAAUUUUUUGCUGAAUUGAAUUCUGUUUGUUUAUUUACCAAAAUAUUCAUUUUAAGUUUCUGUAUGUUAGUCUGGUCAGCUGGAUGGGUUCAUCUACAAUCUAAAUAUCAUGACCACUCACAGGAGAAUAGACCUGUAAACUGUUAGCGUAAUAUUAUAUUAAAUUUGAAUUCAGUCCUUUUUUAACAGAUAUAAUAUUAUGUAGAGUAUGUUGUGUCACAAUAUUUAUAAGGAAGAUUUUCUUCCUAAAUAUUGUUUAGAAUAAUGUCUGUUAUGUAUAAAUAUAUACAUGUACAGUCACUCUGAAGUAUAUGUAUCAAAUUUUGAGUGUCUUUUGCUUCAUAAUAGUCAGACUUGGCACAUUUUCUGAUCAGGGCUGGUUAGCUUGUUAAGGAGAUUUCCUAGGUAUGAAAAUUGAGAAAAAUUACUGUUUUUAAAACCCCAUUAAAUUUUUGGUGGCUACAUUGGGGAAAAAACUUUGUCCUGUCCGUCCAUCAGUCUGUUUCAGUAACUUCAACUACACUGAAAGAAAUUUGAUAUAACUUGAUACAAUGGUAGAUUGAAAUGCGAGGAAGUGUAAAGCACAAGGACAGUAACUCUUACUUGUUUUAGUGAGAUUUAAGAUAAGAUUCAAAUUUUGAUAGAAUGUGAGAAUAUGCUGCAUUUAAUUGAAUACUGUAAAAUCAUUUAAUUUCUUGGGCAUGGAAUUUCGUGGCUUUGGUCAAAACGGCAAUUUUGUGGGGAUAUGAAUUCUUGGAUUUCAACUUUUGAACAUAAAAUGAAUGGGAAUGUUACUUCUUCAUUGGGAUUACAUUUCGUGGAUUGACUCAACCACGAAAUCCAUGAAAAUUAGUCCUCCACAAAUAUUAGUGAUUUCAGAGUAUGUUAAUUUAAUUUGAUUAACUGUUUUUGUAUAGCCAUACCAAGGUAAAUCUAAGCAAUGUAUCAACCAAGUUAGGAGUUGUGUCAAAUCUGCUAAAUUUUUUGUUGAAUUUUCUGUAUAUAAGGUACUGCUCAAUUUGUUUUGUUGUUGUUAACAUUCCAAUAUGUAAAGACAUUACAUUGUUGAUGUAGAUCAGCAUUUUGAUGGGUAAUUUUAUUGUUCUGAAGUAGCUAGAAGUUACGUCUGUUGCUAUGAGUGAAUGCUUACCAUUACUACUUCUAGGUGAAUGUUUUUAUGCUCCCGAAGGGAGGCAUAUUAGUUUUCAACUGUCCAUCCGUUCGUUCGUCACAACGUUAACUUUUUGCAUGAAGGCACUUUACUCGCGAACCACUGCACCCAGGACUUUUAAACUUCAUAUGCUGAUAGUAUUUACUGAGUACAUGACCCCUACUGACUUUGGGGUCAUAGGUCAAGGUCACAGGGGCCAAUGUGAACUCGUUCGUUAGUUCGUUCGUCACAACAUUCUUUCGUCACAAUGUUUACAUUUUGCAUGAAGGCACUUUACUCGCGAACCACUGCACCCAGGAUUUCAAACUUCACUUGCUGAUAGUACUUAUUGAGUACACGACCCCUACUGACUUUGGUGUCACCAGGUCAAAGGUCAAGGUCACAUGGGCCAAUGUUAACUUUUUGCAUGAAUGCACUUUACUCGCGAACCACUGUACGCAGGACCUUCAGACUUCACUUGCUAAUAGUACUUAUUGAGUACACAACCCCUACUGACUUUGGGGUCAGAGGUCAAGGUCACAGGGGCCAGUGUUAACUUUUUGCAUGAAGGCACUUUAUUCGUGAACCACUGCGACCAGGACCUUCAAACUUCACAUGCUGAUAGUACUUAUUGAGUACACGACCCUUAUUGACUUGGGGUCAAGGUCACCAGGUCAAAGGUCAAGGCGCUGCGGGGGCAUUUGUCACCAUUAGUGACAGCUCUUGUUCUGAAUUCUGAUUGGUUGACAUUGUGCUUGAUUUUGAAAUUGGCCAAUAUCAAAGUUGCUUUUUAUACGCCCGAAGGGACGUAUUGUUAUGACACCAGUGUCCAUAAGUCUGCUAGCAAUUUUGUGUCUGCUCUGUAACUCUUGAAGGAUUUUGAAAAAACUUUACAUAAAUGUUCACAACAUCUAGACGACUUGCAGAGCCCAUGGCUCGCUUCAAGGUCAAGAUCACAAUUAGGGGUCAAAGGACAUACGACUUUGUUUCGUGUCUGCUCUGUAACUCUUUAACUGCUUGAAGGAUUUUAAAGAAAUUUGGCACAAAUGUUCACCACAUCUAGACGACAUGCAGAGCGCAUGUUCUGGAUGGCUCGCUUCAAUCACACUUAGGGGUCAAAGGUCAUACCUUCGGGCGUAUAUUGCUUCGCAUUGCGGUGUUCUUGUUUAUUCUAGUUUCAGAAAUGAGACCAUCUGGGCAGAUCAGCUUGAGAAAUUUCAUUUGGCCUAACUUUGAUUGAAAAAAGUAAAUGGUCCAUUCAAAGGACAACCUUUUUUCAAGCUGAAUUGUUUAAAAAGAACAAUUUCAUUUUUCCUUGCUUUUAGGUUUAGUAAACUAUAAUUGAAGUAAGGCAUUGAACUUAGUUUGAAUACUGAAGUAGUAGAAUGGAGAAAGUUGCAAUAGAUUGAAAUCAUGAACAAAUUCCUUUCAACUAUAUACACUGUGGUAGGAUUUGUGUAUGACCAGAAUACAAUGUGCAUUACAUACUGAAGUGCUAGAAUUUUGUUGUAAAAUGUUUCCAACAGUUACAGUUUGAACCUCUUGCAAACAUAAUAUGAGCCGUGCCAUGACAAAACCAACAAAGUGGGUUUGCGACCAGCAUGGAUCCAGACCAGCCUGCGCAUCUGCGCAGUCUGGUCAGGAUCCAUGCUGUUCGCUUUCAAAGCCUAAUAGAAUUAGAGAAACUGUUAGCGAACAGCGUGGAUCCUGACCAGACUGCGCGGAUGCGCAGGCUGGUCUGGAUCCAUGCUGGUCGCAAACCCACUAUGUUUGUUUUCUCAUGGCGCGGCUCAUAUGUUUUCAUUGCAGUAUAUCAUGACAUUACAAUGCUACAGGUGUCUUGUGUAACAACUAGGCCUAUAUGUUAAAUUUUAUGCUAUUGUUUUAUAGGGUUGUUUAAUUUGUCAGACAAAUUGCCACUUGUUGAUUGUAUUAUAACUUUGUAAUUAAACUGGCAGAUACAUAAAAGUUAUGACUGGAAAAUUUUGUUUGUAUGAGAUUGGUUGUCUUAUUCAUUUAUGGCCAAAAGUAAUACAGUUAUAUUUAAAAACCAGCCUUUACAGUGGUGGAUAGAUCCUACCAGAGAUUUACCCUUAUCGAGCUAAAUUUCUAUAAUGAACUUGUCCAUCUUUCAAUUUGGACAGUACCAUUAACUGUCAAAAGUGGUGCUUACCAAAAAGAUACUGACUGAAUGGCGAACAAUGCAGAACAUGAUCAGACUUCACGGAUGUGCAUGCUGAUCAUGAUCUACACUGGUCACAAAGGAAGACCAAGUCGUGCCCAGCAUGAUAGGGCUAAAUAAUGGGAAUUUUCUGUACAUUUUGUAUUUUCAGUAUGACAAGGCUCUAAAAAAUACUUAAUUAUAGGAAUGAUACUAAAAGAGUUUGCUCAGUCCUGUUGAAUAGUAUUGUAUUUGUACUUUAGUUGGUAUCAGCAGUAUUGCAAUAGCCAAAAUUGCCCCCCCCCCCCCCACCCCAUUGCCAAUAACUAACAGCUCAGUGCAUUUAUAAUCAAUGCAGUGUUUGUUAAGUGUUUCCCCCUUCUACCACCUACCCCUUCCUCACCCUUUUUCUAUAUUUUGUAUAAAAUUAAAAUGUACUUGUUGGAUUUUUAAAGCAACCAGUCCAUAAUAUUUUUCCAUUACAGCUUCUGUUUAUUGUGUGCGUACUUUGCAAAUGUGUGGCUCCAAGGCUGCAUUUGUGGUGCUCUAUGCUUCCGAGAAAUCUACCGUUAUGUUUUAUCCUAUGAAAAA